GGAUUUCAAUUUUAAAAGCAUGCAACACACAACAUGUCAAAGUAAAACAGUGGACAGUCUGAGAGUAAAACAACAUUACAGCCGCAGAAUCUUGACCAGAAGAAAACAAGUAGUCCCAGAAGACUGAGAGCUCUCCUAAAAUGAUGCCUACAGCUAAAGGCAUGUCCCGAAUGAUACCCACUCACGUUUUGAGAGUGGGUCAAACUGUACGCUUGGACUCGGCGCACGAGACAGUCAACCAACAUCCCAGUGUCAAGGAGCCCGGCAGUAACAAUGGGGACACUGAUCUUGAUAUUUCAAUGGAUAAUCUUAACCAGCUCAUCCUGGAACUGGAUCCAACAUUUAAACCCAUUGAAGUCAACAAGAGUCCCCUAACAGACGACUCAGAUGAAGAUGUCUCCCACUGCGUGUUGGUCCCUCGAGGUUGUUCUCCCCGCUCCCUGCCCACCUUGGUCCCAUCCGUGUCACCCAGUAUACCCAUCCCUACACACAGGAGUGCCAGCUGCAGUCCCCAUGGCACACUGGUGUUCUCCAGCUCCCCUACCUCCUCCCUGCCCCCGCUGCCGUGUGGAAGUGCACCCAGACGACAUCCCUCACAAAAACAUGACGCAAACCUUUCCCAAGGGUCCCUGCGCUUGUCACACUCAAACAGAAACAGUGCCGCCUCGCUCCUCUCCAUGUCAACGUGCUCAGACACCAGCUACAUCCUUGGCAGCAACCUGUCCCUGGCCAGUGAAGAUGCUGAUGCUGACUCUCCAGAGUCCAUCCUAACUCGCACGUCUGGCUCCUUCAGUGAUGGGUCCAGAACGAGGCCAUUUUAUGAUGGGCACAGUCCAGACAAGCCCCCACUGUUAAGGCGAGGACAUCUACAGGAGCAUCACGGCAAAGGAGCACAGAGCAGUCCGUCUUCGCUCUCUGGGUCUUUCAAUGAUAUUCCUGUACUGCUCAUCAAUGGUGAGCCACAGUCGGAUCAGCACAUCCAGUCCCCUGGAACAGAAAUGGACUUGAUACAGACCACCCUUGUGUCCAACUCAAAGCCAUCUCAGAGUUUCCAAGCCCGUUUUAAUGGCAGCCAGCCCUCAAUGAAGUUUGUCAUGGACACUUCCAAGUUUUGGUUCCGUCCACAUAUCAACAGAGCAGAAGCUGACGCUCUGGUAAAGGAUAAGGAGGCAGGGACCUUUGUGGUGAGAGACAGCACCUCCUACAAAGGCAGUUUUGGCCUGGCUAUGAAGGUGGACCAAAUGGCCGCCAACUUCACUGCUACCACCUACCCAGGAGAGAGCAGUUCAGAUCUUGUCAGACACUUCCUUAUUGAAUCAUCCGCUAAGGGCGUGCGCAUCAAAGGCUCUUCUCAGGAACCAUACUUUGGUAGUCUCUCUGCCCUGGUUUACCAGCACACCAUUUCUGCUUAUGCUUUACCCUGCAAAUUAGUGCUCCACUCCCAAGAUCUGGGCGCAGCAGAAGAGAGGGGAAAUAAACCAGCAUCAGAUGACAAGAGUAGAACAGCUUGCAAUUUUGUCUACCUGAAUGCUGUCCCCACUGAGAUGCUGACGGGCCCUUGUGCAGUGCAGAAGGCGGUGUCCUCUACAUUUGAGAAGGCCCCGGGUUCCUUUACACCAACCAUAAUCAACAUGAAGGUGUCUUUGAAGGGUGUUACACUAACAGACAUCAACAGGAAGCUCUUCUUCAGACGCCAUUACCCUACUCACCUGCUUAGCUACAGUGGUGAGGAUCCAGACAAUCGACUGUGGGUGAACGGUUCCAGUUUUGGUGCAAGGAUGUUUGGCUUCGUGGCGAAAGGUGUGGAGGUUGGCAUGGAGAAUGUAUGCCAUGUCUUUGCAGAAUAUGACCCCCUGCAGCCUUGCAACAGAGUCACCAAGGUUAUUCAGGCCGCCAUAGCCAAGCCGUAGACGCACAAGAGACUGAGACAACAUGAUCCAGCACCGCGUCCUGAGGCCUGCAGCGGCCCAGGUUUGAAUCCCAACUGCGGCCCCGAAAAUUAAUCUUAAAAAAACAUGAAAAGAAGUGCUUAGGACGACCCAGACUCUGCCACGGUCCCACUAUUGCAUAUUGGUGAAAAUGUGGCAUAUAUGAAGAUAUACAAGACUGAACAGCUGUCAAUCAUAAACAUAACAGGCAACAGACAAGGAUCCAGUUUACAACUAGUUUGCAAAAAUGUUUGUUAUACUCCAAAAAAAUAAUUUAAAUGUGAAAUGUAAUUGUAGAAAAUUGUCAGAAACCGACAGCUAACAUAUGUGUCAAACUCAAGGCCCGCAGGCCAAACCCGGCCUCUCUUAGGUUUUAAUCCAGCCUGCAUAUCAAUUUAGCUUCACAAUAAAUAUGAAUGUAGUAGAACCCCAAAAAGACAGGAAAGUGUUUCUGGGCCCUGUAGAAAGGCAUUUUCUAUGGGCCCCUCCCAGCAUCCACAGCUAUUCAUACUUGCAUCUUUUUUGGCCCUCCUCACUUAAGGGCCCUGGGUACUCAGUCCCCUUGUUCCCCCCAGUCCCACACUUCUGCUGCAAUGACUCGACACUCAAAGCUGAAUUUAUCAGAUUUGCUGACUUUGACACUCAGAAAAUCCCACAGAGAGUUGUCAUAUUCAGGCUGAGAAACAGGUGGCCGUGAGUCGGCUGUGUGAAAGCCUACUUUUAAUAAUUCAAUCUUUGUUUUGCUUGAUUUUCUAAACUCCAUGAUGGCCAAGGAACUUUUUUGUUGAGCUUUAUCUCAACAAAAAAUGUCAAAAGUGUCAGAAAAAGCAAGGAAAAUGGCAAAAGAAUGUGACGACCUGCAGUAAUACAGUCAAAGAUAUUUGACUUUUCUUAAUAAAAGCGUGUCAAUGUACUAUACUUGUCUGGCCCUUGAUGGGAUUUUCAUUUUCCAGAGUGGCCCUUAGUGGAAGUGAUUUUGACACCCCUGGGUUAGGGCAUGGUAAAGCAGUUGAUUUGUCUUACUUCUUAUUGUAGAAUGGUUCCCAUGUAAACCAACGAGGUGUACAUCUGCACUAGCCGCUGCGUGCGUGUGAUAGUGAUGAGGGAUUUUGAAGCUUCUGUUAAUAAACAUGGUCACAUUGUCCCAUCCUUUCAUUUCAAAGCGGAAACUUUGCAUAUACCCUAGGUGUACAUUUCA